AUGGAAGGAGACGGAGUUGGACGUCUGUUUAUAAAGAUUAUGGGAAGCCAACAGCCCCCCGGCUCUCUGAACUAUUCUGACAUACUGAGCAACAAGACAUCCUCCCCUAUAUAUACUGAGCUACAAAUUGUGUUGCUUGGCUUUUCGAUGUCCAUACUUGUCCUUGCUAUUGUAAUUGGUAACACGCUAGUGAUUACAGCCAUUGCCCGGUUCCAGAGGCUCCAAAAUGUCACAAACUGCUUUAUCAUGUCACUAGCCUGUGCUGACCUGAUAAUGGGACUUGUGGUGGUACCUUUUGGAGCCAUCUAUAUUAUCUGCAACACAUGGCACUUUGGAAGGUUCUGGUGUGAAUUCUGGAUAGCCACUGAUGUGCUUUGUGUAACAGCUAGCAUUGAGACUCUCUGUGUCAUUGCUCUGGAUCGUUACUUUGCCAUCACCUCGCCAUUCCGCUACCAUUCUAUUUUGACCAAAUUCAAGGCUUGCAUUGUUGUUCUAAUUGUGUGGCUCAUUGGUGGCCUAAUCUCCUAUCUGCCCAUCCAUUUGAAGUGGUGGACUUCCAACACUGAAGAGGCAAUAUACUGUAUGAACAAUACCCUUUGCUGUGAGUUUCACACCAACCGAAGCUAUGCUAUUAUCUCUUCAAUUAUCUCAUUUUACAUUCCUCUUGUGAUCAUGGUGUUUGUCUAUAGUCGUGUCUUUCAAGAGGCUAGAAAACAGCUGAAGAAAAUUGUCAAGAAUGAAGGCCGUUUCCACCAAUGUAGAGGCCAGCAGGAAUUCAGUCAAAGAGGAGUUGGCAGAGAAACUAGGGCUGUAAAAAAGUCUAGGUUCUGCCUGAAGGAACACAAGGCUCUGAAAACCCUUGGGAUUAUCAUGGGCAUCUUUAUACUCUGUUGGCUUCCUUUCUUCGUCCUCAAUGUGGUGGUGAGCGUUCAUGAAGUGGACAACAUUAAGAUACUAUUCAGAAUAUUGAACUGGAUUGGGUAUGCAAACUCAGCCUUCAACCCCCUAAUCUACUGCAGGAGCCCGGAAUUCCGGUAUGUCUUUAGGCAGAUAUUGUGCAUGAAAAGGAAUCAUUAUCCCACCCCAAAGCCAUACAGUGGAUACAAAUAUAGUGGACAGAGCUGGCACAGUGAGCAUCAAGGAAGAAGCAAGUAUAGCUCAGAGGAAAGUGAUCCGGGUGAAGGGGGCUCUGAAAAAAAAGAAUGCAGAAUUUUUUUGUAA